AUGGCUGAGAAGACACAACAGGCUUAUCCUUCAGCCCCAGAAAACCAUGGUUACCAAAGAAGUGAUGCAGAGUCAUUCCUAUCCGCCGAUGAACUGAAACGCAAGAAGAGAAUCAAAUUGGCCAUUUAUGUUGCUAUCUUCGUUGUGUUUCAGAUCAUUGUCAUAACUGUGAUUAGCCUCACAGUCAUGAAAGUUAAGACCCCGAAGGUCAGGCUAGGCAACAUCAACGUCCAAGAACUCAACUCCGUCGUGGCAACACCUUCAUUCGACACAAAAUUCACAACCCAAAUCAAGGUAAAAAACCCAAACUGGGGUCCUUACAAAUUUGAUGCUAGCACUGUCACGUUUAUGUACCAAGGCGCGGCUGUUGGGCAAGUAGUUAUUCCAAAGAGCAAGGCUGGCAUGCUUUCCACCAAAAAAAUGAACGUCGAGGUGAGCUUGAGUUCGAGUGCAUUAAACGGUUCCAAUCUUGGCGGUGAAUUGAGCAGCGGGGUGUUGACUCUCAACAGUGCGGCUAAGGUGACUGGAAAGGUUGAACUGAUGCUGAUAAUGAAGAAGAAGAAGUCUUCCACCAUGAACUGCACCAUUGCAUUUGAUCUGUCAUCCAAGACGCUCAAAACUUUGCAAUGCAAAUGA